CUUUGACGCCUGUUUUUGUGAGCUUGCGCGUCGCUGCGCAGCACGAAGAAAACACUUUCUUUCCUAAGCGCCUAUCUAAAUAUAGGUCGAAUAUUGGGUUAUCUCUACCGGCUCGCGGCGCGUAUUUACACAUCGCGAGCUAUGUGAGCCAGCUGACGUGACUCGAAAUAUUGUGUAGUCUCGCAUUAGCUCGAGCGUGAUUAACGCGUGCUUGCAGCAAUUCGCGGAUCUAAAAAAGGCGCAUCGCAAAUUGCGAGUAUUUUAUUACAUGCGUGUGUAUUGGAUAAGAGGAUGAGGUAGAAUGAGUGGCCAAGUGCGCUCCAGCUAAUUGUCGCUGACGAGUCCCCGGGAUAACGACGAGACGCGCAGGAGACGUGCGUGUGCGCUGGUGAAGUUCCCACUGCGAGGUGCUGUGAAGGCUUCGGAUUCCUGCUGGGCUGGUGCGUUGUGAGAGUGUGGGUGGGUGCGCGCGACGCAGGAUUAUAAGCACUCCUAUGUCGAAUUUAGAUAGCGGCGGCUGGUGCCAACGGUGUGGCAGUGGCGGCGCAAGCGAGACGGCGGCUUGAAUUUUCUAUUUCGGUAAAUGUGCGCGCAUCGAGCUCGCACAUGGAGGCGCUGCUGCGAGUCGAACAGCUCGCCAUCGCGUCCGAUUUCCCAUCCCUUUUUACGCAUCUCCGCCGCAGUGUCCACAGCGAGUGCCACGGCGUCUGACAUAGCGCCGCGACGGAUCGUACGCGAGAUGCACUCGGUCGCAACGCAUCUUUCGCGCGCGUAGUGUUCGUCCUGUACGAGACGCGUGGAAUGAAAGCCGUCAGGGCCGCGCUGUAUUGUGGAGCGCGUACGUCCUGCGGCGGUAUAUAGGUGGGUGAUGGCCGUGGACUUUGCUGGGCGCGUGUGAACGAGUGCGAACAUUCCUCCGCAAAGUAUGGCCUCGGUCGCCGCUUGGCUGCCAUUUGCCCGGGCGGCGGCCAUCGGCUGGGUGCCCAUCGCUACCCAUCCGCUCCCGCCGCCCCCGGUGCCCAAGGAUCGCCGAAAGACUGACGAUGAGAAGAUGCUCAUUAAUGUCUCGGGGCGGCGAUUUGAAACUUGGCGGAACACGUUGGAAAAAUAUCCAGAUACCCUUCUGGGAUCAAAUGAACGCGAGUUUUUCUACGAUGAAGAGAUCAAAGAAUAUUUUUUCGACCGCGAUCCGGACAUUUUCCGCCACAUUCUCAAUUAUUAUCGCACAGGUAAGCUGCACUACCCGAAACACGAGUGUCUCACCAGCUACGAUGAAGAAUUGGCAUUCUUCGGCAUCCUGCCGGACGUCAUCGGCGACUGCUGCUACGAGGACUACAGAGAUCGUAAACGUGAGAAUGCCGAGCGACUCAUGGACGACAAACUCUCCGAAAACGGCGAGCACAAUCUGCAACAGCUCACGAACAUUCGACAGAAAAUGUGGCGCGCGUUCGAGAAUCCGCAUACAUCCACAGCGGCACUCGUGUUCUACUAUGUGACGGGUUUCUUCAUUGCGGUGUCAGUGAUGGCCAACGUGGUCGAGACGGUGCCGUGCGGCACGCGGCCGGGUCGUGCAGGUGCGCUCCCAUGUGGUGAACGCUAUAAAAUAGUGUUUUUCUGUUUGGACACCGCCUGUGUAAUCAUCUUCACCAUGGAGUAUCAUCUGCGAUUGUUUGCGGCGCCCAGUCGUUAUACGUUCGUGAAGAGCGUGAUGAGUAUCAUCGACGUGAUCGCGAUCAUGCCCUAUUAUAUCGGCCUCGGCAUUAAAGACAACGACGACGUGUCGGGCGCGUUUGUCACCCUCCGAGUGUUUCGUGUGUUCAGAAUCUUCAAGUUUUCGCGUCACUCGCAGGGUCUACGGAUCCUCGGUUACACCCUUAAGUCUUGCGCUUCCGAACUUGGCUUCCUCGUGUUCUCGUUAGCCAUGGCUAUCAUCAUAUUCGCGACGGUCAUGUUCUAUGCCGAGAAGAACGUCCCGGACACGAACUUCACCUCGAUUCCAGCCGCCUUCUGGUAUACGAUAGUAACGAUGACUACAUUGGGUUACGGCGACAUGGUGCCAGCGACCAUAGCGGGCAAAAUCGUUGGCGGUGUGUGCUCAUUGAGCGGGGUGUUGGUGAUCGCUCUUCCUGUGCCCGUCAUCGUGUCCAACUUCUCGCGCAUCUAUCAUCAGAACCAGCGGGCAGACAAGCGCAAAGCGCAGAGGAAAGCUCGCCUGGCGCGUAUCCGAAUAGCGAAGGCGUCUUCGGGCGCCGCGUUUGUCAACAAGAAAAAAGCGGCGGAGGCGCGUCUAGCGGCGCAAGAGUCCGGCAUCGAGCUGGAUGACAACUGUCGUGAAGAGGAUAUCUUUGAACUGCAACAUCAUCACCUCCUGCGUUGUUUAGAAAAGACCACAGAUCGACAAUUCGUGGAACUGGAGGUGCCCUACAAUGGGCAUCCGAAACGGCCUGGUUCACCAUCACCGCUUGCCAGUCCGGCACACUCGGCUGUAUCCAUCGGACUGCUUCAGUCCUGCUGCGGGAGAUGCUGUCCUCGGCGGUACCAGCAGGCUUGUGGCAAGUAUAUGCCGGCCGCGUCGGCGGCACAAAGUAAUCAAACGGGCGGCGGCAUGGAUGGUACCUAUUUAGUGGAGGCGUCUUUCUAGACCACAUAUCAUAUCAAGCUGCCUUCCCGUUGGGUUAAGUCCGAUGCAAAACCACCAAAUACCAAAUUCUUAUCUAACAAGUCCUUUGCGAUCGUCAUGCCUCUAGUAAUUGGUGUGCUCGACUACUAUUAUUGCUCUGCCGCAUCCGCCUACGUUUGCUAUGCAGUAUAUUAUAUACUUUAGUAGCCACCACAGGCGUUAUGUAGCAUUUGAUUUUUCUCCGGCCACAAUCGAUGCGUGAAAUCCCUGUAGCCUAUAUAUGAUCCGAGAAAAAAAUGAAGACGCAACAAAACAAAUACCUUGCCGACCAAAUAUCAAAACCGAAACCAACAGCUCUCACUCACUAUUUUUCUACUUUCUCUCACUUCUCUCACCACAGAUACCGAAAUGAAAUCAAAACGUAUCAGAGAAUUAACAACAGCUUACUUUUAGCAGAUAAACAUAGAAACUAGUCUCAGUUGUCAGUAGUAUGAUUUGAGUUCAUUUGCGUUUUACUUUCGAUGUUGAUAUCUACAUACAUUUGGUUGUUUUUCUGUUUUAUAAUGAUAUACCACACGUAUGACGAGUGAUGUACACCAUUAUCAACUAUCCUAUGUUCUCGUAGGAGCAUGGAUAGGAGGUACUCACUAGUUGGUAACACACGGCCACCGUAAAGCUCCGUAUUCCAUAUUCAGAUGACACGAUUGACACGAACGGGACGAUGUCUGUGUGUGUUCGGGGGAAAAGGUCAUCGCGUCAUCGCGCAACCCUCCCUCGCAAUGCCCGGCCGCCGCGGCGAGCUCUCGCACCCCCGCCUCGCAUCAUGCGGCGCGGGCAAACUGUAUUCAUCGCAAUCGAAUCACGAGUACCGCGUAGUAAACGAAACUUUACAUGCAUGCAUGCAUACAUACGGUAUGUUACCGAUACAUUGAUUGCAAGCCACACUUUGCACGCGUCCGACAACAAAUUUACUCCCCACAUUCAACAUUUUCAAGUACGUUGGUGCCUGGUCUCGGGUUAUCUUAGCGCAAUUAACCCACAGGCUAUAAUUGGCAGAUUGCAAAUCGGUAAUGUCGUUAACCCCACGACUUCUAAUAGCGCCGUCGUAAUGUACGGUAUGUAUGCAUAGCGGUGCGAUGAGAAUGCGUUCGCCAUGUCAAGAGUUACAUUUUCAUCGCAUCGAAGAGAUGCAGCCGAUAAACCAACAUGUUUGUAUCGUGUUGAAAGGAUUUGACGCAGUGAUGCAAUCGAAGGUUGAAUGCCAGACCUUCUUCUUCUUCUUUGGGAAGAAUCCAGAUAUAAAAGCGCACUUAUGAUGAUUGUGGAUUUGUACGCCUUGUGAUUGUGUCACUGCGAAUCGAUAGGCUAGAUAUUGUUACUACAUUUUAAAUUAAACGAAAUAAGAUUCAUACUGUGGUCGUGGCCGAUGCGACCCACUACGAACAACAAAGCAACUUACCAACUAAGAAACUUAUUAAGACAACUAAGACAACUUCUCUUCUUUCCAAACAUCGAUCAUGUUUGUAUUCAAAACGAUACAAUUAUUUGUAGUGUAAAUUGUGAUAUAGCUGAUAACUUAAUAUACUUACAUAUAUUAACAAAUAAGAAAUAAUGAGAACCAGAACCCUACUACAUAAACACGCAAAGACGAUCCUGACGAAUUAAACACGCCCCAGUUACAAAUUACAUACGACUUGAUUCUGAUCCAGUGGCGUAGCUACCAUAUAACAUUUGCAAAACAUAACCUCAAAUGUCGGAAAUUUGAAAAUAAGUAAUACGUACGUUUGGGCUCAGAUUAAACUUGAGUUUUGUACAAUUAUGCAUGCUCAGCGUUUGUUUUUAUUCACAUUAUUUUUAUUGCUUCGAAAAAAAAGGUAAAACUUGAUUUAGGGUCCUAUAUGUGUAGCUACGCUGAUUUCCACCAUCUUUUUACAUAUUCAUUUAAACAACAAGUAGGUAUUCCCCUCUAUCACAGCGAAAAUGGAACUUAAACCAUAGAACAUUUCUGAAAGUGUAAUAUAAAUUAUAUAAAUGUUUCUAAAUUAAUUAAAAUUACAUUAGUUAGUCAUACAUAUACAUAUAUAAAUAUAUAAAUAUGCAGAUAAAUACAUUCAGAAAAUUAUAUAUAUAUAUAUAUAUAUACAUAGAAUUAAUGUAUGAAAUAUAAAAACAAGUGAAAUUUCGAGACGAUUUUGACUUAUAUCAUUGGUCUACUAUCACUGUCACAUUACCCCUUGAGUUCUUUUCGGAAACAAUCUCAACGUAUUCAAUUGUUUGUAAUUGCAGACAUAGGCAGGGAACCAUGCUCGCAUGUUUAGGAAAAUGAUUAGAAUUCUUACAAGUGAAAGGAUAUUACUAACACACAGGAUUAUGUUUAUAAAUUUUUCUAAACAUUAUGUCCUCGUAUGUGAGAUUAUGUUUAAUUUGCAAGCUUGCAGGCUGUUAUGUAGGAGCGGGUUUAAUUUGAGUGUUUGCAAUUUGUAGAAAUUUUCUUUGGUUUAAUUUGCAAAAAUAAAUUAUGUUGGUGCCAUGAAGAUUUUUAGGGACAAUAAAUAUUUCCUAUAUAUUCGUGUAAUAAGAGAGGGAAUUAACUGGACAGUGAAUAAAACGACUCGCAAUCAAAAACAUUGACAUAUAUUUCAAUUAGUUUUACUGUGUCGCGAUGAUCAACUCCAAUGAUCUUUAUGAACGCGUAAUAAAUGACAACGUUGCAUAAAUUUUCGAUGGUCAAUUCAACGGAUGUUUUCAUCAUGAACAUUUUGUUGUUGCCAGUUCGGUGUACGGGAUAUCUCUCUUCGCGUCUACUUCAACUCAGUGGCCCAGCAAAUCAUUAGAACGAUUACCGAGCAUUCUUCCUCAAGUAGUUAAACGUAAACUAAGAUAAAGACACCAGGUAAACAUUGCAAAUGUGUAAAUUACAAAAGAAAAUUCAGGAAGUCAUGUAAUUGCUAAAACAAUUGCAUAAACAGCUUUACUCACACACACACCUAGCCACACACACCCCCACCACACACAUGAAAGUGAAACACCACAACACUAUGCAUUGAUGCGCAUGUAAGGAUUGGUUUGCCUAUAUAAAGAUUACCUAAAAAAACGACAAAUUAAAGUAAUGAUAAAAUCUCACCACAGAACAAAUAAACGUGCGUUUAGAAUUAAGAUAAAAAAAAACAGAGUCUAUAUAUACAUAGAUAUUUUAAAUAUAAAUGAAACAAAUGGAAAAUAAUAUUGUAAUUUUGCGUCUCUCCCUAACAGAUUUAGAUCUUAUGUCUUACGAUGUCUUAUGAACCAGCGCAUAUUGCGCGUCCCGAUUCGUUAUUAAUGCUCUACAUUAUGAUGCGAUUUCAAUUCACGAUUCGUGCGUUUGUAAAGUAUUCGUGACGUUGAUUUAACUGUUGUUAUGAUUAAGCUAAAAGGUCGCAGGUUCGAUAACAUAGACGAACAUAGCAAAAUCAGAUUAGAUCAAAGUAAAAAAACAUAUAAAAAAGAAAUAGCAUCAAAACAUUAGCGAAGCAGGUUACAAUUAUCACGUAAUACAAUAAAAAGCAGUCUUAAAAAUAAUUCGGCUAAUAAUAAACACACAAGCGUACAGAAGCAAGAAAACCAGUUUAUAAAAACAAAUUAACAUUAAGUAUCUAUAGUGAAUUAUGCAUUGCGUAAUUAUGAAUUGUAUGAAUCGAUUAUUGAAUUAUGUAAGUAAGUUAUCGAUUUAAUUCAUAUUAAAUUUAUUGUGAUUAUACUUGUAAUGUUAGAGAACUUGUUAUCGUUUAUUCCUUUGGAAAAUAUCAUUUGAACAAGGGUUUGUUAAUAAAUAAUAAAUGAUAAUAAAAAGAGAUUUAAAUAAUAAAUAAAUAAAUUUACAAAAAA